AUGUCUCCACCCUCAAAGCCAUCCCAGGCCUGUCAAUCAUCAUUGCAAUCCGAACCAAAACUCAAACUUGGCUGGAUUGACAGCAAUGGAGUCAUACAAUUCAAAAAAAGGCGUGGAGUUCGCACGUCAGCGGCGAUAGUAGAAACACAAGUACCCGAUCGUGAGGACGAAGAGGAAGAAGCGACAGAGCAGACCUACCCACCCGGAUCUAUGCCAGCAUGGUGGUCUUCCAACUCCCCCAUAUCAUCCCCACCAUCCUCACUUCACUCACCUACUCCAUCUCCUCCACCUACCGUCCGAUCGCGUAACACCCGAUCGCGCGCCCGCCGGUCACCCACCCCGGCACCAUCACGCCAGAACAAGCAUCCAACGCCCGCACCGCCAUCCAAGAAAGACAGUUUUGAACACCCCCCUGAGACCGUAAAUGGGUCUUUCUAUUUCCCUCACGACAAUCCGGCCUUUGCAGAGAUGCUUCCAAAUGUAGAUCGGUCUGCAUACGAGAGGUCGCCAGAGGUGCGGGAGGAAGAUGCAGAAGGCAAUACAGAAGGCGAUACAGACGACAAUACUGAAGACGACAUGGAGGAAGAGUCUGAGAUACCACCUCUACAACCAACUUCUACAGUCCUGCCGCCAUCACCGCCAUCGUCACCGCCAUCGUCAGUAUCGGGAUCGUCGUCAGGAUCAGAACCUUCUUCACCAUCGGUAUCUACAUCUCCUCCGGUCAAAGACUCGAAACCUGAGAAAAAGAAUAAGAAGAACGGAGAGAAGGACAAAUCACCGCCAGUAAAGUCUAAACCGAACGCCACAGUAGGCGGCAGGAUAAAGAAGGGUGAGGCUACAGAGGAUGUGCGGUGUAAUGGUAUAACCAAGAGAGGUGUAAGGUGUGGGUUUAAAAAGACUGUGCGAGUGGGUAAGACGUGGAACUGCGGUCGACACAAGUCAAGUCAGUAG